AUGGAUUCUCAUAAACAAAUAAGAAUACUACAAAUAAAUUUACAAAGAGCUCGUGCUACUUUACCGAAUGCUCUACAGUUUGCAAAAGAAGAAAAUAUCAAUAUCAUCUUUGCACAAGAACCAUAUAUUUCCCUCAACAAGGAAAUUGGAAAUUCCAUCGGGGCUAUUUUAUCAUCUUUUCGCAUUCUCAUAAAAUCUGCUAUAAUCUACAUUGGGCCUCUAACUCCAAUAAUAGUUCAUACUACUCUACAUACAAUAACUAUCAAAUUAGAAUUUCUUAUUCAUCCUUUAUUUUGUACCUCCAUUUAUGCUCCUCCAUCAAUAGACUUGCAAGAGAUACUUAUAGAACUGGACUCAAUUCAACUGCCUCCAAACUCAAAUCACAUCAUUGCAGGAGACUUCAACGCACAUAGCCCUGUAUGGGGAGCGCCGGUUGAAAAUAAUAGAGGUAGACUGCUUUUAGAAUUUAUUCAAGAAAAACGACUUACAAUUUUAAAUAACGCUAAUAGUCCACCUACAUUCCUGACAUUAAGAGCACAAGGUUGGAUUGACUUAACUCUCGCAACGCCUAAAAUAGCAUCCUUAAUCACAAAUUGGAAAGUUUCUGAAAUAGAAUCUUUUAGUGAUCACCGAUUCAUCACCUUUGAAAUACAAUCUGAUUUCACUUUUAAUAAAAAACGUCGCUUCAAAACUCAUUAUGGCGGACACAAUAAAUUUAUAGCUAAUCUACAAAAUUACUCUGCCAGUAUUCUUCAUUCCUUAAAAAUAGCCUCUUCAAAAGCGGAAGUAAAUUCCUCUGUUUCAUACCUCAUAAAUAGUAUAACAGAGAUCUGCAACGCCUCAUAUAAACGAUGCUUAGGUACCAAAAAAUUAAGUACUCCAUGGUGGAACCAAAAUCUUGCAAUAGAAAGAAAAAAGUAA